CGGGUUCCGCAGCCCCUCUCUGGUCCCUGAACUCUGCUCCUCGCGGGGUCCAGCCGGCGGCGGGCGUGGGAAGGGCAGCUUCGGCGCCCCGCCCCGGCCUCUGUGAUGUCAGCGCCGGAACCUGGAAUCCCGGCUCCGAGAGGGAAGGUCGGGGACGCGGCGGCAGCGGCGGGAGCGGAUCCCCGGCGGCCUCAGGAGAGCGGGGCGCAGCCAUGAGCGAGUCCAGCUCCAGUGCGCUCCCGCCCGGCAGGCCCAGCCGGCAACUGGCGGCCCACCCAGAGAACCUGUCUCUAGACUCCAGUUGCUUCUCCUCUCCACCUGUGAACUUCCUCCAAGAAUUGCCAAGCUAUCGGUCCAUUGCACGCAGGAGAACGACCGUCAUUUCUCGGGGCAAGCAAAGUGGCACUUUGCUAAAGCCAACCAACUCUUACAGCUCCCAGCUGAAGGACGGAAUUGCUGCAAAUCUCAGCAGCCAAUCCAUUCGAGAAUAUGCACUGAACAUCUCUGAGAAGCGGAGACUAAGGUUUGUUCACUAGCCACCUGGAAUCUGUAUAGUGAUAUUAUGCACCAGAGGUAUGUUUUGUGCAUGAAAUGCAUUUCUUGAAGAGCUCACAUAAUUAAAAUUUUCUUCCUUAGCGUAAGCUAAGCUUUUUUGACAAAGAUACCGAAACUCCUACUGUUUCACUUGAUUAG